AUGAAGAUCAGCGUAGGCGCCGUCUUUUACACCCUUUUCUUCUUCCUUUUCUCUAUCGUCCUGCAUGUUCAGGCCGAUGAAGAGCCAUUGGCAGUGGUCAACGCCCCCGCAGAAGUCUCUGAGGAAUCGGAAUCUCAGCUGAUCCCAGAGGUUAACAAUGAGGUUGAAGCAGAGGAGUCAACCGCCAAAGAGGAGGUGAAACCUGCUGAGGAAACCACCGAGAAGCCCGCUGAAAAAGCUCCCGAGCAACCUGCUAAGCCCGCCGAAACCAAAUCGAAGAGUGCGGGCGGCUUCUUCGGGAAAUUGUUCAACAAAGUCAAGAAUGACAUUACAGUAAAGCGUGUGUUGGGGUUCAUCACUAAGGCAGGCACCAAGGCGCCCGCUAAGGCCCCUGUUGAGGUGCCCGCUAAAGCACCUGUUGAAGAACCCGCUAAGGAAUCUGUUGAGGUGCCCGCUAAAGCACCUGUUGAAGAACCCGCUAAGGAAUCUGUUGAGGAGUCCGUUGAGACCCCUGUUGAAGAAUCCGCUAAGGAAUCUGUUGAGGAGUCCAUUGAGACCCCUGUUGAAGAAUCCGCUAAGGAAUCUGUUGAGGAGUCCGUUGAGACCCCUGUUGAAGAACCCGCUAAGGAAUCUGUUGAGGAGUCCAUUGAGACCCCUGUUGAAGAAUCCGCUAAGGAGUCUAUUGAGGAGCCCGUUGAGGCCCCUGUUGAGAAGCCCGCUAAGAAGUCGUCUAAGGCAGGCAAGAGGCCCUCCAAGAGACGCUCUAAGAAGUCGUCUAAGGCAGGCGCUAAGAAGUCCGAGUAA